CAUGAAACAUAUAUUUUUAAGUGUUCAAAAGGACUGGAAAAUCAAAUUAACCUUAAACUUGGACAUACAUCAGUAAUCGGAUUUAAAUAAAAUGUUAAAAAGAAAAAUAUUUCCUGUGUUUACUUGCGAGUGUGACUCACACAUGUACCAAGUGGCAACUACACCUUGACAAGAUCACAGUAACUUAAUUGAUCCUUUGUGGAUAUGAUACCAUCAAGAACUUGAAAACCUCAGAUGUAUUAAACAACAGAAACCUAAUGGAUUAAUAAUAUACAAUAAAAAACACAUCGCUAGAUUGAACAAUGGACAUGGGGGUAAAUUAUGCCACAGUGCACAUUAGAAAGAUUGAGUAUACACAACAGUAAUCUAAUGACAAACAUGGUUUUCAAACCUUUACGGAACUCCAGGAAAAAGGGCACAGUAAAAGUGUAUGCCACCAUUGUGUCGUCCAAAUUCGAAGCAGAAAAGUAUGACAUCACAAACGAAACAACUGCAAAAGAUCUGAUUGGUCAAAUACUGCUAGAGAAUGGAAUGACAAGUCGUGACAGGAACCUGUACUACAUGACAUUGAACCUCUCUAGCAAUGGAGGUGGGAAAGUGGAGACAAUUGCGGAUGAUGAAUUGCCAAUUUCCAUACUUCAAAAAAUGCAGAUGGACACAAGUUUUAUCCUGAAGAUGAAGAAUGGGGAGCUGGUGAAGAUACAUGAUACUUGUCUCCAUCCUCAUUCAUUCUCGAAGAAUCUGUUUGUAUCAGGGAAGACGACAAGUCAUGAGGUCAUUGCGUUACUUCUGCAGGGUUACAGAUCUAACGAAGAUGCUGAUUUGUUCAUGCUCCAGGGAGUUGAUCAAACUGGAAAAGUGUUGUGUGAUCUGAAGCCAAGUGAAUGUCCUGUAUUGGUACAGCGUCAGGUGACACCAGAUUGUGAUGUCACAUUCCAUCUAAAGCGUCGGCUUGUUAGACGUGCCAGACCAAUAAAGCGCUCCAAGAGCUUGGCAAGCAUAAGGGAUCUGUCAGAGGAGAAAAGACACAACCUCACACAACUCAGGAAGAAAUACCAGGAAAAGCAGAAAGGUCUGAAUGGCAGUGACACAAUGCUGAGAAGCUCCAAGAGCCACCAGAGCCUGGCAGAUACGGAACGGGACAGAGCCAUCUCUAAGAUCAGGUUCAACCUCCUUAAGCUCCAGAAUGAUGAGAGUAGUGUCUUCUACAGGAGCAGGCAAAGAGGCUUCAACAAAGACACCACCACAGAAGAAGCUUCCACUACCAAGAGGGAGAGGGUUAAACCUGGCUCUGGGAGGGUUAAAGAUUCACCUAGGAAGCUUAAAGCGCGUUUCCAUCUUUCCACAGAUGAUGAGGAGAAUGAAGCAACAAGUGCCAGUGAUCAGGAUACCUCAAGAAGCAUGUCUAACCUGAAUGAUCAGGGAAUCUUAUUUGAUGCUCCAGACAAUGCCCCUUCCAUGGAAUCUCCACGAAAAUCCCAGUCUGCUUGGGAUGUAUCUAGUGCAACAUCUCGUAAGAAGGAAACCGCUCCAUCUACAGACAUUUCCCAAUCUCAACAGGAUAUACAUCAGAAACAAUCUCCCAGGAAAACAAACAAAGAUACAGAGCUAUCCGAUAAGGAUAAGGAUAGACAAGGAUAUAAGGACAAGGUGGAUGAUAAAUUGAAUAUAAAACCCAGUGCAACCACUAACCUGAAACAGUCUUUGAGCUUUGAAAGACCCUCACAAUCCUCAAUUGAUAUAUUUAAUAAUAUGCCAUAUCCCAAAGGAACCACAUUAAGCAAAAAACAAUCAACAUUGACUAAAAAAUCUCCACGUGAAAAAGAUAUUGACUCAGAACAUAUAAAUAUUCAGUCAUCUGCAGCUCACAGUAAUGAUAACAAAGAAACAAAUGGUGAUUCCGUGACCUCAAGGUUAAAGGCACACAUAAAUGAAUCAAGAAGAAGAUCCAAAAGUGAAAGUAGAUUAAAAUCUAGAGAAAAAUCUAAGGACACUGAAAUCUCCCCAAGACUCCAAGCACAAAAAUCAAAAGCCAGUGAUAACACUAGAAAAGAUUCCAGAUCUAAAUCAAAAACCCUGCCUUCUGUUCCCAAAGAUGAAAAUGUGCAACUUAGUAUCUUAUCCACCAAAACCUCAACAGUUAAUUCAUAUGAAGUGGGCCAUGCAGAAAAGGCCUCAUCAUUGGAGGACACUCCAAAUAGUAACAAACAGUCAUCUACAGAAUCCUCACGUAGAGGAUCAACCUCCCACAAAGGAUCUCGUUCAAGGAGGUCUCUUCCUAAAAUACCAAGCCAGACAAAUCCUUAUGUUCAGACAACCAAUUCAGCAUCAUCUAACUCCAAGAAACAGUUCCUAAUACAAAAGUUAUUGGAGUCAAAACACAAAGAAAUUGUUGAUAAUGCGAAACCAUACAGUCACAAUCAUGUAGAUAAUACUAAGAAGACUAUGAGUGGUAAGAUAAAAACAAUUGAUAACAACAUUGCCAAAAUCCAAACAGAUGACCUUGAAGAUCUCACUGUGAAACCUGCAAUCAGUAAAGCCACUAUAAUAUUACAAAACAACAUUCGGACUAAACACUUUGAAGAGAAUGAAACAUUAUCUGAUAAAGAAAACCUUCCUCAAACAAUGAAAAAUAACACUGUAGAAAAGCUUGACAAUGAUGAAACAGUUGAAAUUAACAAAAAGUAUAAUGAUCCUUUAAAACCUUCAACUGAUGAUGAAAUACCCAAAGACAAUACUAACCAAGGUCAUGAUGACUUGGAUGAUCUCAAAUGCAUUGAUAACAUCAGUAACAAAGCUGAAAAUGCCAACCUAUUAGAUGAACACAAUAAGCAAUCCAAUAUCUCAAUAGAUCAACCAGUUUUGGAAGAUACAAGAGAUAACAAAGACAACGAUCCAAAUGUGCCAACUGUGAUACAGAAUAAUAUCAAUAUUAGUGACAAAACCUUAGAGCCAAUUGAGGUUGGAGGUCAGAUUGAUGCUAACGAAAACAAUCAAACAUGUGACAAUGAAAAGUAUUAUGAUUUAACGCUAGACACCUUUAAAUCUGAUACUUUAAGUAGUGUGAGGUUCAAUGACACAAUGGACACAAGUACACCUGCAAUUGUGGACCAAAAUGUUGAUGCUGCAACUGCUGAGACAACAGCAGAUGACAUCACAUCGGAUUUAAAUGACAUUAAACAACCAGAACAAUCAACAGCUGAACAUAAUGACAUUACAGCAGACUUAAGCAAUGUGAUAGUUGAUGAAAGUGAUGACUCUUCAAAAGUCAAUCAAAUGGAUAUUUGUAAUACUGAAGUCGGUGUUGUUAAAACUGAUGGAAUCUCCACUUACAUAACUGAAGGUCCCGUAGAGAACAUUAAAACAGAUGUAGAAAAACCUGCAAAGUCUUUUGAUGGAUUCUCUGUUGUGGAUAAUAAUUGUAAGACAAAUAAAGACAUUGUUCACAAUGUAAUAGAUAGUGCAUUGGAGACAAAAGCACAAACUGUAAAGGAUAACACAGAUAUUAAUGUAAUACAUAAGAAAGAGGAGACUAUAGUUCCCAAGGUUGAAGAUGAAUCAAAGUUAGCAAUGCAAGAAGAAGUUGACAUUGUAGUUGAGGAACUGAAUCCUGCCAUUAAGGAGAAUUCUGUUGAACAUAUACACAAAUCCACAAGCAAGGAUACUAAUAUUACAAGAGUUGAAAUGCCCAAUAUCCAACAGCGUGGGAAACCAAAGGAUAAUACAAAGUUUAAGCCAAAAUCUGAUCUUAAUGAACUUCUUAGUGAAAUCAAGUCCAAUUUGAACCAAACAGAAGAAAAAGUUCAGAAACGUAUUUCUCCAGUGGUAAAGAACAUGUAUAACUUUCUUGAUGUUAAAAUAAGUAAUAAACCAGCUUGUGCUGCCACCUUAACUCCAAGUCCCCCUCAGCUGAUCUCUCCAUACUUUUCUGCAGAUGUAUCCUUGGACAACUCCAUAGACUUUACAGGCAAUCGUGUAUCUGCAUUGAAACCUGUUGUAGACCAUAAACUUGGAACAGAAUCCAAGCCUAAAGAACAAAAGGAUAAGAAUGAUAUCAAGUCAAAUCAAGCUGAAAUUAAGGAAAAGAUUGUGAAACAGAAAAAUAAACACUCAAGUAAUUGUAAACCUAAGGACAUUGUAGAACAUAAAAGUGCCACGCAACAAAUUGCCACCAACACAAAUAGCCAAGCUUCAGUGAAUACAUUAGGCUUUAGAGAGCUUCAAAAGAAUUGUGGAAUUGAAGUGAUCAUUCCAGAAUGUUCCGAUGAUGAACACAGGAGCCCCUCACCUGUAUAUGUGAAAGCAAUAAGACCUAGUAACCUACCAACCAAUUUAGACAAUGACAUUUAUACCAAAAAUCUACCAGAAGAGUAUUGCGAGGGACCAGAAUAUAUUCAGAGUAAUGCAAACAAUGAUCUCAAUUCAGAAAACUUUCUCAAGCCAAGUCGGCCAUCUUUAUUCACUAUUAUGAGAUGUAGUGACAUCAUCCCUGUGGUGCUUAAACCAAACCCUGGUUCUGACCAGGAUUUUGGGAUCAAACUCUUUGAAAGUGUUUUCACGGAUGAGCUGAUGAAGUAUUCUUCAGGAUGUAAAAGUUUCCACGUUCCAUCUGGCCGUAAACCUGUGAUUGGUCAUAGAGGAAGUCCAUUUGCCCCUGUGACGUCACCAAGUAGCCAUCUAUACCAGUCCAUGUUAACUGUUGAUGUUGUCAUCCCUGGGAGUAUUGCACAUACUAGUGGAAUGGUGCGAGAAGGGGAUCAUAUUCUAGAGGUGAAUGGCAGCUAUGUGUUGGAGUGGGAGGUGGAAACAGUCCAGUCAGUUAUAGAUAUCAGCAAAGAUGUUCUGCAUCUUGUGGUGGCCAGAAGCAAGAGUCCCUAUCAACCCAUUAGCCCACUAAACAUGCACAAUAACAAGGGUGACAUGUACUACCUGAUGGACCAAAGCAGUUCUCACACAGAUGCAGAGAAACAGCUGGCCCAACUGACGCACAAAUAUCAGCAUAUCAAGGUGGAAACACAGCGUAAAGAUGAGAUUAUUACUGAACUGCAAAAUGUUAUUGUUAGGAAAGAAAAAGUGAAACAAAUCGCCGGUGAUUUAAGAUAUAAUGGAACUCAGGGAGAUGAACUGGUGUCUGCUGUGUGAUAUGAACUUUUGUUAAGAUCUUGUUUUACAGGUCAGAAUUUACAAGGGAAAGUGCAGUUCAAAUUGUAUAGAAAUUCCAGAAAAUCAACCAGUUCAACAGAGGCUAGUGUUAGACUAGGCCAUGUUGUUUAAUUAAUUUCUGCUUUGUGAACAUUCGAAAUGGAACAGCCAGGUGACCAUGGUCUAAUUUUACUUUUUUUAUUCUAAAAUUCCAGUAAUACCUUUCAAUACAAGUAUGUGAAAAAUUGUUAAAUUACAUGUUCAAAAAUUCAAGAGAAAAGUUUAACCAAUGAGAUUUUGUGGAGAGAUACUGGUGAAAGGACUAAGGGAUAUACAUGUAAUUUGAAAUGCCUUAUAAUGAAUACCAUAUACCAUUUGUGAUUACUUGCUUGAGGUUUAUAAUACUGUAUACAUGUACACAUAUUUUUGAGACUUCAUAUUUCCAUCAACAGUUGAAUAGUGUACCCAUGACUAUAAUUGUUAUACAGACAUUUACACAAAUAGGCCAGUCUAUAAUAUGAAAUCUUGUAAAAAACAUGUUUAUACAUGAAGGUGAUAAAAUUUUAGUUGUUACCCCUUGUGAGGUGGACAGAUUAAAUUGUAUACCUUUCCUGGAAAUCAAGGUUUCAAUAUUACAUAAUACAAAAGACAAUGCAUGUUCAUUGUACCUUGAAUAAGAUAAAGAUUUAAUGAGAAAUUAUUUUACAUUACAUAAACAACAAAAUAAAUAAAAUGUAUGCUAGAAAUAAAAUGACUUAAAUUAUUGAA